CAAGUUUGCACUUGCUCACAGAACUGAGGAUUUAGGAAUUGGCGUCGUGUUACAAAACUGCAGCUUUAAUGCUUCAACGCGCGAUCAUUGUGGGUGGUGGCAUCGGCGGACUCACCGCCGCUCGAGCCCUCCUUCGUCACGGAAUCCAAGUGACGUUGCUGGAGAAAGCGGCAGCAUUUCUGCCCACGACGGGGGCUGCGUUUGGGUUUUCGUCGAACGGCCAAAUAUGCCUGGAAUCGCUUGGGCUGGGGGACGCCCUUGAGCCGAUUUUGCACCCGUUUCGUCGGUACAAAGUCACCACCAGACACGAAACUCUCUACGACGACAACCACUUCGAGCGCUUUUACGACCAAACGGGGUUCAGCAUCUCGGGGGUGCUGCGAGCUGACUUGGUCAGCGUGUUGGCGGAUUCUUUGGGGGACAACGUGAUUCAGUACAACAGCAAAGUCGUGUCUAUCCACCAAACCCCGUCCCAAGUCCAAGUUACAUUGGAAGACGGGGCGACAAUGUAUGCGGAUUUCGUCGUCGGGGCGGACGGCAUCAACUCCACGGUCGCCCGCGCCAUCGUGGAGAACCCCCCCGACGCCCCAGUGUAUUGCGGCGAUAAUGUGUUUUACGGUGUAUUGGACCACAUUCCACGAUACGCCGAGCCAGGAACUCUGCUCCAACACUACGAUAUGGGCGAAUACAUCCAGUAUCCCGCGGGUCCGUCGCAUUUCAUUUGGGCCCAAUGCUACAAAGCAGACGCCCCGCCUUCCAAGGACGAGUGGACUGGCGGCGCCGACAACACCAGCGUAGCAAGGGCGUUUGCCUCCACGCUGCCCGUCGGCCACCCGCUGCACGCCAGCCUUGCCGCGACCGCCCCCCACCGCCUCCUGCAUUUUGGGCUGCACUAUCGCAAACCAAUGGCCAAGUGGCAUCUCGGCCGAGUGGUGCUGCUAGGCGACGCAUGCCACGCCACCCUCCCCUACGCAGGCCAGGGAGCCAACCUCGCCAUCGAGGAUGGCGUCGUGCUGUGCCAGCUCAUUGCCCAGCACCGAAGCGACCCGGCCGUGGCCUUUGAAGCAUUUCACGAGGCGCGGUUCAACCGGACGAAAAGGGUAGUGGACAUGGCGUGGUAUAUGGGCAAACUCACGCAUGUGGACGGCGUCGUGACGGGGCCGCUCCGAAAUGCCGUGCUCAAAGCCCUGUUUGCCAGCGGCCUCCUCAUGAAAGCCGCCAUGGCCGAGAUUGUCGACCACUGCCCGGUCCCGAUUCCAGCGAAGCAGAGACGCUGAAAAUCAAGUGAUUCGAAGUAGCUAAGUCAUCAUCAUAGUAUUGGA